GCGUACACUCCCCUUCAGUUGCGUCAGAGCGUCCCGGUAAAUAGGCUCGACUCUUUCAACGUGGAAGAGACACUGCGUUAGGAUGGCCGGAAUAACUCUGCUGCUGCUUAUAGUGGCGCUGGCUGCUGAGACCCCAGCUGCUUCGUUUAUUGCGAGUUAUUCAGGAGGAUUCAGAAAGCCUUCGAUGUGUGUCGACGAAACAGGGUCUCACCCUGCAGGCUCCACUUGGUAUCUGGAAGGAUGUCAAAUGGGAGAAUGUAGGAGCGAUGGGAUGGACAUUUUUACCAUUCACUCCUCCUGUGGAUUGGACAGCAUUCCCGACGGCUGUGAAGUGGUACAAGAUAACACUCUGAAUUUCCCUGAAUGCUGCCCCACGGUUGUAUGCUCCUCAGAACGACUCUGAAUUGUACCCUUAGACGACUGCAUUUGUCAGUAUUGCAUGGUUUCACUUGUGCAAUAAACCUCUUCCGUUUCAACAACUUUCUUUAUCUUUUAACAAGACUUUCGUAUUUAGUUUCACUAUGUUGUACAAAAUUUUAUCAACAAACGUACGGUGCUAUUCGUAAUUAAUGAAAAUAUUAAUACCGUGAAAUAUGUAUGAAAAAUAUCGCGCUCUGAUUGGCUGGCCGGAAUAUAUCAAAUCGUAUCAAGUUGAAGCAUACACUUUGAUACAAACCGAAAAGACGUUUCAACAGGUUCCAAUAAUGUUCGCGUCAGAUUGUUUUCAGGAGCCCGAAUGCUAGGCUCUCCAAGUGUAUGGUAGACAACCAAGAUGUCUUGACUCCUUUCCUGUGUUGCUUUUUGGCUCCCCGCAGGGAGUCUGCUUGUCAUCUACAGUGGUGAUGAAAGGUAGUGUUACAACAAUGCAUAGCUCUUGUGGAAGGGAAUAGACAACACAAAAUUGGAAUGUCUAGUGUGGCAAGGAGAGACGUAUAAACAGGUAAAGCAAUGGACAUGCUUACCUGCAUUUAUAUGUAUAUGUGUGGGAAUAUAUGCAUGUGACAAAGAUAUGUAGAAUAUAACAAUAGAUAAACAGAAUAACAUUGG